AUAAUACUCAUCGGUCAAUAGAGGCUAACAUCUAGACAUUUCAUCUGCUCACACCAAAACCUCCCUCUCUGAAAAAUCAAAAGCAUUUGGCCAUCUCAAUUUCAACAUAAGCACUCGAAGAAGAAACACACAAGAUCUCUUAUUGAGCUGUUGCAGCGACAAGCUGGGAAGGAACAACCAACAAAACAUUUGCCAAUGAAAUUCAUGGAAUCAACCUUUUGGAUCACUAGAUAUUGUAGUAGAAAUAUAAUUGUGUGUGAGAGAUUGAGGUAUGCCGGUUCGUCGAAUUGCCGCCGCAAUCAUUGCUUUCGUUAUCGCCAAAUUUCGCCGAAAGAGGAAGCUGCAAAAGAAUGAUGCAUCCAUAUCCCUGAUGAAGACCAACAAUACUGAUGGAACUCCACCGACGACUUACUCCAAAAGCGAAGAUUCAGCGAUUGAAGUAGAACCAAUUGAGAGGUUUCUUGAUGAAUUACUUAGAGAAAAGCCCAUGAGAUUCACACCCCAACAGCUGAUAGCUUUUACUCAGAACUAUUCGGUAAAGCUUGGCUCAGGUGGCUUUGGUGAAGUCUACAAAGGACAAUUCCCCAACGGAAUGCUUAUAGCAGUUAAAGUCUUAAAGAUGAGCAUGGACAGGCGAGCCGAGGAGCAGUUCAUGGCCGAGGUCGGAACAAUCGGUCGAACAUACCACAUUAAUCUUGUCAGGCUCUACGGGUUUUGCUUCGACAAAACACUAAAAGCACUUGUCUACGAGUUCAUGGAAAAUGGCUCAUUAGAUAAGUAUAUAUUUGAGGAGAAAAAUAGACUCGACUGGCCAAAGCUGCAUGAGAUUUCGAUUGGAACGGCGAAAGGAAUCCGAUACUUGCACGACGAGUGCCAACAGAAGAUAGUGCAUUACGAUAUAAAACCUGCCAAUGUCCUUCUCAGUAGAGACUUUACUCCCAAAGUUUCAGAUUUUGGUUUAGCAAAGCUGUGUGAAAGGGACAGUGAUAGUUACAAUAACAUGACGUUCAACGCGGCGAGAGGGACUCCAGGGUAUGCUGCUCCCGAACUGUGGAAGCCGUUUCCGGUCACCCACAAGUGCGAUGUGUAUAGUUUCGGUAUGCUUCUAUUCGAGAUGCUCGGCAGGCGAAAGAAUCUCGAUUCUAAGCAAAGUGAGAGCAAAGAGUGGUUUCCGAGAUGGGUGUGGGAGAAGUUUGAGAAGGGAGACAUGGAGAGCAUACUAUCUCUAUCGGGGAUAGCCGAGAAGGAUAGAGAGAAGGGAGAGAGGAUGUGUAAAGUAGCACUGUGGUGUGUUCAGUAUGAGGCGGAGGCGAGGCCUUCGAUGAGUAGUGUAGUGAGGAUGUUGGAGGGAGAGGUUGAGAUUGUGCCUCCUGUGAAUCCUUUUCUUUAUCUGAGCCAAUCUGAAGCAACAAAUUCAGAUCAGUGGACAGAGACUACAACACAAGAUUCAACUAGUAAGGGAACGGCUAAGGAUGAUAGUGAGUGAGUGAUUUCAUGAAAAUGGAUUCUUAUGGUGAUAUUGUUAUGCUGCUUGUGUUAGUCUGGAAUGGGGAAUUAAGAAGAGUGUUCGGAUUUUUCUAGCAUAGAUACGAACUUCCUAGCUUAAAGAAGUUGAGCGUUUUUUUUUUUUCCUCCUUGUUUUCCUUUUUUUUUUUUUUUUGUGCAGUGAUGUUACAUGGACCGCGAGUUCUAUUUGGACCAAAAGAACUUGCAUCUUUUGCAUUUGGAGUUGGUGAAACAAUGAGCAGAGACUUGCUGAUACUGAGUGGAACUUUUUUUUUUUAA